AUGGCGCCCCUCGUGGCUGACGAUAUGAGAGUCCUGGGCCAGGACCCUCUCAUCCCCCCUGCGCUUCUCGUAUCCGAGAUUCCCAUGACGGAUGCCUCUCUGCAAGCUGUGGUUAAGGGCCGCCGCGAUGCAGUUGCCAUCAUCAUGGGCCGUGAUGACCGGCUCUUGGUCAUCGUCGGUCCCUGCUCUAUCCACGACCCUGCUACGGCUCAGGAGUAUUGCCAGCAUCUCAAGAAGCUUUCGGACAAGCUGUCGGGCGACCUGUGCAUUGUCAUGCGUGCCUACCUCGAGAAGCCCCGAACUACUGUCGGCUGGAAGGGUCUGAUUAACGACCCUGAUCUUGAUAAUAGCUUCAAGAUCAACAAGGGCCUCCGAACUUCGCGGCAAAUGUUUAGUGACCUGACCAACGCCGGAAUGCCCAUCGCGAGUGAGAUGCUCGACACCAUUUCCCCCCAAUUCCUUGCCGACUUCAUCUCGGUCGGCGCCAUUGGUGCGCGUACCACCGAGUCCCAGCUGCACCGUGAGCUUGCCUCGGGCCUGUCGUUCCCCAUCGGAUUCAAGAAUGGCACCGAUGGCAGCCUGGGCGUCGCUAUUGAUGCCAUUGGCGCUGCUGCGUCUAGACAUCACUUCAUGGGUGUCACCAAGCAAGGUCUGGCAGCCAUCACGCGAACCAAGGGCAAUGAGCACGGGUUUGUCAUUCUUCGAGGUGGCACCAAGGGCACCAACUUCGACAAGGAGAGCAUCCAGGGUGCCAAGGAAACCUUGAUCAAGAAGGGACAGAAGAUGGCCAUCAUGGUCGACUGUUCGCAUGGCAACUCGAACAAGGAUCACCGAAACCAGCCCAAGGUCGCCGAGGUCAUUGCCGAGCAGCUGCGUGAGGGAGAGAAGGCCAUCAUCGGUGUCAUGAUUGAGUCCAACAUCGGCGAGGGCAGCCAGAAGGUCCCUGCCGAGGGACCCGCCGCACUGAAGAAGGGUGUGAGCAUCACGGAUGCUUGCAUUGACUGGGAUACCACUGUCCAGGUUCUCGAGAACUUGGCGGCUGCCGUCCGGACGCGUCGCGAGAAGAAUGGUGCAUCGAAUGGAACGGGCGCAGACCACAAGGCCACCACCAUUGAGGAGGACUAG